AUGUAUCUGCUCCGAAAAUGCGGGCGUCAAAGCGCGAAAACAAGAGCUGGUAUAGAUGUUGAGGGUAAGGUAGAAGGAGGAGACAAGUUCAAUGUGUCAGAGCAGCCCAAGCCUGAGGCCAAAUUUGACUUCCUUCGAAAAGACUGGGGCAUGCAUCAGUCCGACUCCGAUCCUCUUCCUCUUCCUCUCCUCCCACCCUACCACUUCCUACCACCCUUCCCAGUCUUCUUGGUUGCUGGGAGAAAUCCCCCGUCAAACUCCCAUUCACCUCGCUUCCUCACCCUACCCGGCUUCCACGCCUACAUGCCGCUGCAGCAUCAUGCAGCGAGCUGCACCGUCGGCGCAGCUAAGUGGCGCUGGGAUCGAUGUACCUGA